AUGACGGCAGCGACCGGCAAGGCACAUUUUUUCGGGAGCCGGAAAAUCCUCCAGAACAGGCGCGGGCGCAGGGAAGGGUGUAACGACAGGCGCGCGGAAGGGUGCAAUGACGGGCGCGGGGAAGGGUGCAGUGACAGGCGCGGGGAAGGGUGCGGGAGUAGAGGAGCGGGAACAGGGAAGGGGAAGGUUUCGCCGGGAACGGGGACGGGCGGGAAGAAAGGAACGGGGACAGGCGCAGGGAAAGGAACGGGAACGGGCGCGGGGAAAGGAACGGGAAAGGGAAAGGGAGCGGGCGCAGGGAAUGGAACCAGGACGGGCGUGGGGAAAGGUACGGGGACAGGCGCAGGGAAAGGAACGGGAACGGGCGCGGGGAAAGGCACGGGAAAGGGAAAGGGAGCGGGCGCGGGGAAUGGAACCUGGACGGGCGCGGGGAAAGGUACGGGGACAGGCGCAGGGAAAGGAACGGGAACGGGCACGGGGAAAGGUACGGGGACGGGCGCGGGGAAAGGUACGGGGACGGGCGCGGGAAAAGGAACAGGAACGGGGGCGGGGAAAGGCACAGGAAAGGGAAAGGGAACGGGCGCGGGAAACGGAACCAGGGCGGGAGUGGGGAAAGGAACGGGUUCGGGCGCCGGGAAAGGAACGGGGACGGGCGCGGGGAAAGGAACGGGGACGGGCGCGGGGAAAGGAACGGGGACGGGCGCGGGGAAAGGAACGGGGACGGGCGCGGGGAAAGGAACGGGGACGGGCGCGGGGAAAGGAACGGGGACGGGCGCGGGGAAAGGGACGGGGACGGGCGCGGGGAAAGGGACGGGAACGGGCGCGGGGAAAGGAACAGGGACGGGCGCGGGGAAAGGAACGGGGACGGGCGCGGGGAAAGGAACGGGGACGGGCGCGGGGAAAGGGACGGGAACGGGCGCGGGGAAAGGAACAGGGACGGGCGCGGGGAAAGGAACGGGGACGGGCGCGGGGAAAGGAACGGGGACGGGCGCGGGGAAAGGGACGGGAACGGGUGGGGGAACAGGGACGGGAACAGGUGGGGGGAAAGGAACUGGGACGGGCGCGGGAAAGGGAACGGGGACGGGCGGGGGGAAAGGGACAGGAGCGGGUGGGGGGAACGGUAAGGGGAGCGGCGCAGGCAAGGGGAAUGGGACGGGGAGUGGCGCAGCCAAGGGGGGUGGGACGGGGAGUGGUGCAGGCAAGGGGGGUGGGACGGGGAGUGGCGCAGGCAAGGGGGGUGGGACGGGGAGUGGCGCAGGCAAGGGGAAUGGGACGGGCAGUGGCGCAGGCAAGGGGAAUGGGACGGGGAGCGGCGCAGGCAAGGGGAAUGGGACGGGGAGUGGCGCAGGCAAGGGGGGUGGGACGGGGAGUGGCGCAGGCAAGGGGGGUGGGACGGGGAGCGGCGCAAGCAAGGGGGGUGGGACGGGGAGUGGCGCAGGCAAGGGGGGUGGGACUGGGAGUGGCGCAGGCAAGGGGGGUGGGACGGGGAGUGGCGCAGGCAAGGGGGGUGGCACGGGGAGUGGCGCAGGCAAGGGGGGUGGGACGGGGAGUGGUGCAGGCAAGGGGGGUGGAACGGGGAGUGACGGAGGCAAGGGGGGUGGGACGGGGAGUGGCGCAGGCAAGGGGGGUGGGACGGGGAGUGGCGCAGGCAAGGGGGGUGGGACGGGGAGUGGCGCAGGCAAGGGGGGUGGGACGGGGAGUGGCGCAGGCAAGGGGGGUGGGACGGGGAGUGGCGCAGGCGAGGGGGGUGGGACGGGGAGCGGCGCAGGGAAAGGGAAUGGGAGCGGAGGGAGUGGAGGGGGCGGAGGGGGCGGAGGGAGCGGUGGGGCCAGAGGGAGCGAAGGCGGAGCAGCAGGCUCUGAAGGCCAAGCGACAGGCGGUGUGGCUGGGUCUGACCUGUCACUGGAGCAGCAGGCUAGGAUUACUGAAGUUUAA